AUGCAACUCCGUGCUGCUUCUCGGUCCUUCCAGCCUGACGCGAUUUACUCAGACUUCAGCGGCUACGUUGGCGUCGAUCAUCAAUUCGAUCCGAAUGGCAGGAGAGGGUCCUUUUCGUUUUACCUUGCUUCUGAUGAGAUGUUGAUAUGUUCUAUUCCACCAGAGUCCAGCGUCAACACCUAUUUAGGUCCCAUGGAGCCUGCGACGGCAAUUUGCCGGCCCAAUAAGCUCACCAUCCCAGAUGGAUUUGGAUUACCGCAGGGUCACAUCCAGAGCACCCUCGAGCAUAUACACCUCCCGCAGAUACGACGCCCCCAUCGAACUACCAUGUCGUCCUCCGAGUCAAGCCAAUCCUUCUCGCGCGACGGCACAUUACCUCCCACGGACUCUUCAAACUCCCAUCCUGGAUUGCAGAGAGCAGUUUGUCGUUGA